GGGGCGAUAGCCGAGGACAGGCGCCUGGCGGACAUCCUCUCGGAGGAGCUGCACGCGCUCACCACGGCUCUGCCUCGCCUCAUGAGCUCCCAGGACGACCAGGGCAAACUGGCCACCUUGAACUUGCUUGUCGGCUACCUGAAACUCCUGGGCCCCAAGAUGAACGUCGUCCUGCACUCUGCGUCCCACCUGCAGCGCCUCUCCAAGGCACUGAUGCAGGUUCUGGAGCUGGACGUGAAGGAUGUCAAGAUUGUGGAGGAGAGGCUGUGGCAGGGCCCGGAAGGCCCUCGGGAACUGUCUGGAAGUUUGACGGGCCGUCUGCACGAGGGCAGCGGCCCCAGGAAGUGCUUCCGCUUCUUCACGGACGGUCGGGUUUUCCUUCUGCUGCGGCAGGUCGUCCAGAUCCUCGGGUACUACGGGGAACUCUAUUUGCUUGUGGACCACUUCAUGGAACUUUACAGGGAGUCCGCCGCAUACCGGAAGCAGGCAGCCAUGGUGGUCAACGAGCUGGUUGCUGGAGCUGCAGGGCAGGGCGUGGAGGUCCUACACGAGCGAGAAACCGCCCCGAGCAAAGAGGAGCUCCAAGCGGCCGUCGCUUCCGUGUCGGAGGAAUACACGGACCCGGCGAACUGGCAUUUAGCUACCAGCGUCGAAGGGGAAGAUCUCGGCGUGGAACCGGCCGGGAAAUAUUCCGGCCUCGUUGCUGUCCCGUCCGAAGCGAGCCGCCUGCUUCCUCCUCCUCUGAAUCCGAGAGCCUCGCUCCAUUCCACGAGUGGCCACAUCUGGCAGGUUUGCAUCCAGCUGGAGGGACUGGGCCGCUUUGCUGUGGUGCUGGAGAAGGACUUCCGCCAGCUCUUGAUCUCCGUGCUGUACCCGGUCCUGGAAAAGGCCGGAGACGGCGUCCUGCUGAUCCGCCAGGCGGCGAUGGGGGCCGUGGCGGACAUUUGCCAGGCCUGUGGGUACGACUCCCCCUCUGACCUCAUCUGCCAGAACGCCGACUAUCUGGUGGACAGGAUUUCCUUGCACCUGCGCCGUCUGACUCGUGACCUCCACGCCCUGCAGGUCUUGCAGGCGAUGCUCCGGCACGCGGAGGCCAAUGUGCUACCUUUGGUGGGGGACGUGAUUCAAGAUGUCCUGACUGCACUCGAUCGAGGUCGCGAGGACCACGCACCUCUAUUCAUAGAGGUUCUUCGCGAUAUAGCGACAUUGCUGGUUUCCUGGUUUGUGCCCGGGCACCAAACAGAGGGGAGUUUGGAGCAGGACAGUGGCCGUUUGCUGGGGGAAGAUGGCCGACGGGAGGGACGGUCUGCAGCUCUGCCCACCCCGGAGGAAAUGGAGGCCUUUUUCCAGGGGUACAUCCGGCAGAAACAGAUUGCAGGAGGAGAUCUACUGGAGACGGAGAAUGGAGAGGCAGGAGAGUGUCUGCCUGCGUUAGACGCGGAGUCAAACGACCCAGGCUCAGAGGUGGAGGCCCCCUUGCCGGUCCACGCCCAGAUGGCCAAAGAAGUGAUGGAGCGCUGCGUCCACCUGCUCUCCGACAAGAGCCUCCGCGUGCGCCAGAAGGUUUUGGACGUCUUGGAGCUUUGCGUGGUGGUGCUUCAACCACACCAAAACCACCUCCUGCCGUUGGCUCAUCGGACGUGGCCUGCCCUUGUGACCCGCCUGACCAACGACGACGCCUUGGCCGUGCUCCGAGCCUUCAGGGUGCUGCGCACAUUGGGAGCCUCGAGCGGUGAUUUCCUGCGGCGGAGAUUUUCGAAGGACGUCCUGCCCAAGUUGGUAGACUCUCUCGUCACCCAGGCGCCCGUCAGUGCCCGGGCCGGGCCCAUCUACAGCCACACCACGGCCUUCAAGCUGCAGCUGUCUGUGCUUCAGGGCCUCGGCGCCCUCUGCCAAGCACUGGAUCUUGAUGAGAGCGACCUUCACCACGUGGCGAACGCCUGCCUUCCCUACCUCAGUGCAAAACAACCUGAAAGACUGCAAGCGGCGGCUCGCAGCGUUUUCCGCCACUGGAUGCAGAUGGACCCGGAUGCCGCGUGGCUGUUUCUCAGCGAGGUCUGGUGCCCUCGGGCCUACGAGCCCCCCCACCCCAGCCUGCGCCCCGUGAGGCUGCGGGGGAUGGGGGAGAAGCGGAACGAGUUCACGGACAGCGUGCGGGGCCUGCUGGAUGAGCUGCCGUGAAGAGGCCGGACGGGCGCGCUCGCCGGUCCCUGUCGGGCAUCCUUGAGACAUGCACGGAGACGGGGGCCUUGCCAGGGAGAGCCCGUUGGCCUCUGGCCCGGGGGGGGGGAGGCCCAGCUCCCUGAGCCGCACGGAAGGGUUCUAUUGCAGGUAGCCAUGGAAUAUUCUAGCCAUGGGGGAUCUCCACACCUCCCCAGGGAUAUGAGGGCUUCUACCCAAAGGACAGUGGGAUUCCUGUUGGGAAACAUGAGCAAUGCAGCUUCUCCUGCCCUCUGGAGGGUCUCUUCCCCCCCCCCAACCCCCCUUCUGCCAAAGACAGUGGCCAUAGAGUUUUGGAGGAUGGCAGGACAGAUGGGCCCGCAUGCCUCACGAGCAUUUCCUGGUUAGGCCCCGGCCGAAGCCAUGCUUGUUCCCUUGAGCCUGUUCUGUGAGCUCCCUGCCAUUUCUCCGGGGUGGGGGGUGGGGGUGGGCAUAGGCAGGAUUCCUACGGCUGAGCCCUCCGGCCCCCAGUUUGGAAACAGCCAGGGGAUCAGGGCGGAGAGAGGACCGCGGCCAACCCUACUGCACGCGGAAAGCUUUCCUGAGCAGGCAUUAGCAAGAGAACAGUGGCGGCGGUUGCAACGAGCGAUCCAUUUGACAGAGCUGCUUUCCUGCCCUGCCUGCGCCGCGUGCCGGCUCCCGUGCAUUUAUCGCUUUGCAGAAUCAGCGCCCCGUUUACCUCCUGACCUCAUGGGAUCGUUCCAGGGGUGCACAGUUCUAAAAUGGGAUUGGGGAAGCGCUUGUUGUGAGAGCGGUUCUGGGAAAGAGACAGCGCUAGAAAUUGCGCAGGCCCCCUGCUUGUGUGUGUGUGUGGGGGGGGGGGAUUGCAGCUGACCUUUCAACCAAGGGGGAGAGACGCCUCUUUCCCAACCCCGUGUGCCGGCCAUCCCAGCUGCAAACAGCAGGGUUUUGUAGGUACGGCGCAGUGUGGAGCAGAAAGGAGCCGUGCCCUGAAUUGUGCCAUCCCAUCAUGCGCUGACCUGAACUAAAUAUGACAGGGGAGGGAAGUGGGGGGGAAUGAAACGCUGCGGGGCGUCUCUUGGCAGUACCCAGGGGCAGUCUGAAGGAAGGAGCCCCCAUCAAGGGAAAACAAAACGAGAGGUUUGUGUGGUCUUCUCCUCUUCUGCAGUUGAGCUUUGGGCCAUCAGAGCCCCUCUUGGACUCCCUUUCCGGACUUCUGGUUCCACUAAUGGCUUUAGCAUAAAGGUGACACUUGUAUGCAUCAUAUAUAUCUAUAUCGAUUACACAGCAAGGUAGUGGAAGCGGCCACUGGGAGCAGGCAGGGUUUUUGGAGUGAUGUUUGUUACGGAAUAAACGAACCGUUCAAGCUUC